UUCUGUAAACCAGGAAAAGAAAAUGAGUGGAAACUUUCCUAUGGAAGAUCUUAGCCUGCCAUUAUUUGACAGUGCUGACAGGAAAUACGCCGACCAUGAAGAGGAAGAAGGAAACAUGUGGACGUUAGGGAUGACCGUCGGAGAACGCUUGACAAAAAGAGAAAAUCUGCUGCAAAGAAGGAGGCGGAUAGUAGAUGUUCAGCUAACUAUGGCCCUAUUUGGCUUCGUACUUAUGCUUGUAGAAAACGAACUCUAUUUAUUGGGAUACAUUACUAAAUCGUCAACAACAUCUAUUGUCAUGAAAUCCUUUAUAUCAUUCUCUACUAUUUUACUGCUCGUCGCCAUUAUUAUGUAUUACGUGACAGUAGUCCAACUGCGUAUGACAGAUAAUCACUUGGAUUCCUGGAGGUUGGCUGUGACUUUUCGCAAUACUUACUUUAAGAUUUUAUUAGAAUUAUUUGUAUGCAUGCUUCAUCCUCUACCAUUUGAUAUUUCUAUUCCAAUCUCCAAACCAAACGGCGAAAUAGUUUACGCUUCGUCUGACGCCAUUAUGUCCAUACUAAUGAUUUUACGUGUCUAUCUUCUUGGCAGAAUGGCUGUAGUUCAUAAUAAGCUUCUAGCAGGUACAGCAACACAUGGUUUAGGAGCUCUGAAUAAAGUCAAAAUUGACGCGCUAUUUUUGUUUAAAGCGCUGAUGUUCACAAAUCCCGGGAAUGUGUUGAUAGUAAUUAUGAUUUCUAUAUUGCUCAUCAACUCUUGGGCCAUGAGAACGUGUGAGGCAUUCUACCAAUUUGAGAAAGACCACUCGGACUAUUGGAACAUUAUGUGGAUGGUAUCAGUAACAUUUUUAACCAUUGGAUAUGGUGACAUAUACCCCAUUAGUUUAUGUGGACGGUUUGUUUCUGUGGUCACUGGUCUCAUGGGCGUCGGCACCACAGCACUUCUGAUCACCGUAUUAGCUCAGAAACUGGAACCAUCUCGAGCAGAAAAAUAUGUGUAUAAUUUCGUACUAAAGGCACAGUUGGAUAAAAGAAGGAAGACGGCAGCCGCUGAUGCCAUUAAGAACUGGUUUCAAUUAUGUCGUCUGCGAAGGAGUAAUAAUAUCAUUAACAUGGAAUAUAUUCGAGUUCACGGAAAACUACUACAAGCCAUAAACGCCAUGCAGGAAGCAAAACACAAAAGAGAUUCCACUGGAGAGUCCACUAUCGGUUUUAUCGAGAUAAGCAAAGGGAUGAGUGACGUAGAGAAAAAGACGGAGGAAGUUCAGCGAUCCAUCAGGAACCUGAAAUCAGACCUUGUGUACAUGCAGAGAAUGUCCAGAGAUCUGCAAUUCAGAUUUAAUGAUAUAUACACAGUCUUGGUUAAAAAUUGCACGAAAUAAACCAAAUUAAGACGA